AACUCAGAAUCUUCUCACUGUAAUUCAGCUGAACUCACAUCUCCUGUCAAUAUGUCCUACAACCGCUGCUCUGGAAAAUUCUGUCUCUCCCUUGGGGACCACCUGUGCUAUUCAGGCUCCUCCUGUGGCUCUUCUUAUCCAGCAACCUGGUCUACUGGUACUGGUACUGACCCCUGCUCUCCCACUACCUGCCAGCUGGGCUCCUCUCUCUACAGUGGUUGUCAGGAGACCUGCUGUAAACCCACUAGGUAUCAGACAUUCUAUGUGCUGUCUAGACCUAGCCAGAUAUCCUGCUACCACUCAAGAACCUCCACACUCUGCAGGCCCUCUCACACAACUUAUUCUGGGUCUCUAGGUUUUGGGUCCAGCAACAGCUGCUCCCUGGGCUAUGGAUCUGGAAGCUCCUACUUACCAGGCUGUGGUUCCAGUAGCUUCAGACCCGUGGCUUGCAGAGUCUGUGGUUUCCCUUCUCUAAACUAUGGAUCUAGAUUCUGCUACCCAUCCUACUUCACUUCUGGGAACUUCCAGUCUUGUUACAGACCAACCUGUGGAUCUGACUCCUACUGA